AUGGUCCUCAUUGGCAUCAUCAAGAAUGACAUUGCGGCUUUCUUCUCUAGACCCCAACGAGCCCAGAGCCCCCAAAGGAUAAAGUGUGAUAGAAGCCUGCCCCGUUGCAAAAAAUGCGCCCUCAAAGACGUCGUCUGUCCAGGCUAUGGCCUCAGAAUCCGAUGGCGUCAAACCCUCUCGAGCGGAGGUCAGAUUCUGACGGGCAAGCAGCCGGCUCGCCGGGGCCCAUCUACAAGCAGGAGUGAGGCCCAAGAAAAGGGGAGCCCGCAGGAUGAUUUCUCGAGGCUGCCAUUGGUUGAGGCUCACGACCAUCCCGUGAAUGCAACCUACGACACGACGCUGGCUUGCAACCCACCCACAGACUUCAGGAUCGAGGCGAACGAGCAUCCUAAUCAUGGCGAGACUGGUAUCACCGACAUUUCUGCCAGCGACAUUGCCACUUAUACUCGAAUUGCUUCUGUUCGACAUCUCUUGGACCACUAUGACAAGGAUAUUGCAUCCAGCAUGCCAUGGGUCGAUGGUCCAGACAACGAGUGGCGCAAUGUGAUGCUGUCUCUCGCCCUGAAGUCGCCGUCGGUAUUGCUGGCAAUCCUCGCUCUGGCGGCCCAGCACUAUUCCGUGCAGACGGGAGUGGCGUGGUCCAAUGAAGAAGGAAUGACUUCAGAACGUUACCGAGACCGCAGUCUGCGGUUACUCUCUCAGAAUAUCAAAAAUGAAUUCGCAGAGCACGGUGUGGCGGUGUGUCGAGCCUCCGCGGCAGCCAUCCUGGCGACCAUAUUGAUCCUGUGCAAACUUGAACAGGUCCAGUCGGGCUCCGAGCUAUGGCGAAUUCACUGGAAAGCCGCUCAGACGAUAGUGAAAAGGUGGACCUCUCCAGGUUGCACGACCGCGCCAAAGGAUCGCACCUCCAGAUUUCUGAUGAAGGAGGUCUUCGUCUACGACGUAUUUGCGUCUUCAACAAAUUUUGAAGAUGACGCCGAACAUCCAGACUACGCCCUACAUGAUUCCGACUAUGGCUUCUUCCUGAGCUGGCUGCACCUCAUUCUCCAAAUCACGCAGGCGGAACGCCGCCAUUACAGCCACUCUCGCGACGGUGGGCAAGGCAGCUGUCUGCACGAUGUCGGUCUUAUCCGGGAUCGCUUCAGACACGCACGGGAACAGUCACUGACACACAGCAAAAGACUCCCCCCGAUGGCCCGGGACAUGAUGGACGACCUGACAGCACUCAUCGACGUCUACCACUCCGUGGGCCUCGUCUACGCUUUUCAGGCAUUUCCUGACGGAUGCCAUACGACCUCGACCCGUCUCGCACUCACCGAAUCCGCAGCUGAAAUGAUCCGAAGAAUCGUCAACCGCAGAGCCUUCCAGCAUGAUCUCCUUUGGCCACUGUUUAUCCUCGGAACGGAGAGUCGGGAGCAGCUCCACCUCCAAUCUUUUGUCGAAGCGAGGCUCCUGGAGGUCAUGGGCGCGACUGGAUUUGGCAACGGCUAUGCGGCGCUAGAGUUUUUGCGAAAGUUCUGGCAGACCGAACCCUCGUCGGUCCCGAAUUGGAUGCGGUUUGCUCGUCUUCAGUCACAACGAGGAUUUCGAUUUUUGGUGAUUUAG